AGGAUGAAGUUCGGUAAAGAAUUGUCGUCACAAAUGGUACCAGAGUGGCAAGAAGCUUACAUUAGCUACGAUUAUCUCAAAAACCUUCUCAAAGAAAUCAUUAAACUCAAACGCAAUACCAUCCCUCCUCCUCCUCCACCACAUCACGCUGUCUCCGGUGAAGGAUUUGGCCGGAAAAUGACUCUAUACCGAGCUUUUAGUGGUCUUGUCCAAACUCCAGGAAAGAAAAGACAAAGUCCCAGGCUAAUCGGCUCUUCUUUAGAAAGUGAUAUUGAAGAAGGUAAAGCUCCGAUACUAGUCAACGAAGCGAGUCAUGGACUAGAGACGACGUUUUUGAUGACGGCAGAGGAAGGAGGAGAAUAUGAAUUGGUGUUUUUCCGGCGAUUAGACGAUGAGUUUAAUAGAGUUGAGAAAUUUUAUAAAGAGAAAGUGGAGGAAGUGGUCAAGCAUGCGAUUAUGCUUAAUAAACAAAUGGAUGCUCUAAUUGCGUUUCGUGUCAAGGUUGAGAAUCCUGUUGGGUGGGGUUGGGAGGAACGGACGGUGGAGAUGACUCGUUUGGCCUCCGAUGUAGCUACUUCCACGGCUGCGAUUGCUGCUUCUACUCCCGCCAUAACUCGAACCAUGAAGCCUCGAGCUCAAGCUCGCAUGGAGGCUAUACAUGAAGGAGGCUCCAGCAGAGCUUACAAAUCCGACGAAGAUGAAGAUCACGGCGGCUCCGCCGGCGGAGCAACCGGUGACGCGAGAAGAAUAAGCAGUUCGAGCAAAAUAGAUGCUGCGAGGCCAGCUCCAAUCGAGGUUCUAGAUCACAUCAAGAUCAACAACACCAAGGCAACGCCUCGGUCCACCAUUAAAGGCGUUCUCCAUUUGUCGAACCAGGAUGAGAUCAAAUUCAGUAGAAACAAUCUUAGGGAAGUCGAAGAGAAGCUCAAAUUAGCCUUCAUCGAGUUUUACCAGAAGCUUCGGCUCCUCAAGAGCUACAGCUUUCUAAAUGUGUUGGCGUUCUCGAAGAUUUUGAAGAAGUAUGAUAAGAUAACUUCGAGAAAAGCUUCCAAGCCUUACAUGAAAAUGGUUGAUAAUUCGUAUCUCGGAAGCUCUGAUGAGCUUAUGAAACUGAUACAGCGUGUUGAAGCUACAUUCAUAAAGCAUUUCGCAAAUGGUAACAGAAGAAAAGGAAUGAACAUCUUGAGACCUCAAAUGAAAAGAGAGAGACAUCGACUUACAUUCUCCACAGGUUUUUCUGCUGGAUGCGUGUUUUCUCUUAUGGUGGCUCUUAUCGCCAUGAUACGCGCCCAGAAAAUCUUUCAAAGGGAAGGCUACAAAGCUUACAUGAUCACUAUGUUCCCUCUUUAUAGCUUGUUUGGGUUCAUUGUGCUUCACAUGACUAUGUAUGCUAUUAAUAUUUACUAUUGGAAGCGUUAUCGAGUAAAUUAUGCCUUCAUAUUUGGGUUCAAGCAAGGUACUGAACUUGGUUACAGACAAGUUCUGUUUGUGGGAUUCAGCAUUGGAGCGUUUGCGUUGCUUUGUAUUCUUGGAAACCUUGAUAUGCAAGCAGACCCCAAAACUAAAAGUUACAAAGCUUUAACCGAACUUCUUCCUCUUUUCCUUCUUGUCGCUAUGUUUGUAGUUUUAAUCUUGCCAUUCCACAUCCUCUACCGUUCGAGUCGCUUCUUUUUCCUCACAUGUCUGUUUCACUGCCUUGCUGCUCCUCUUUACAAGGUAACGUUACCCGAUUUCUUCCUAGGAGAUCAAUUAACUAGCCAAGUACAAGCUCUGCGAAGUAUCUCGUUCUACAUAUGCUACUACGGCUGGGGAGACUUCAAACGAAGAGAAAACACCUGUAAAGACAUGGACAUCUACAAAACUUCCUUAUACAUUGUUGCUGUAAUCCCAUAUCUAUCCCGGCUCCUUCAGUGCAUGCGUCGAAUGGUUGAGGAAAGAAGCUUAGACCAAGGAUAUAACGGAUUAAAGUACUUGUUGACAGUAGUAGCUGUUUGUUUAAGAACAGCUUAUGAGGGCAACAAGAAUCACAAUCAUAAGUUUCUCCUCCAAGUACUAGCUGGUGUCGCCUCAGCUCUUGCUACUGUUUUCUGUACAUACUGGGACUUUGUCCAUGACUGGGGCCUUCUAAAUAAAACAUCCAAGAACAGAUGGCUUCGAGAUAAACUUCUCGUCCCGCAUAAGAAAGUAUACUUCAUUGCAAUGAUCGUGAACGUUGUGUUGAGAUUAGCGUGGUUGCAAACGGUAUUGAAGUUUGAAUUUAAGUCUCUGCACACUCAGACGGUGAUUGCGGUUGUGGCCAGUCUUGAGAUUAUUCGCCGAGGGAUAUGGAAUUUCUUCAGGUUAGAAAACGAGCAUUUAAAUAAUGUUGGUAAGUACCGAGCUUUCAAGUCUGUUCCAUUACCAUUCAACUACGACGAGGAUGAUGAGAAAGAGGACUAGAAGUUUGCAUAAGUACAUUGAAACAUUUCUUCUUAUACAUGCUAAUAGAAAAAUUGAAGUUUGUGACAAAUUACUAUUGUCUAUACAAAAAAAGUAACAGAAAUGUAAACACUUCUACUAACAAUGUGUGUUUCCCCGUUUAUAUUAAUUCAGAACCUAAGAAUGAA